AUGGCCUCGACGGAAGGAGGAACGUCAGGGUCCGGACAAGCAGAGUCAGGCUCCAACAGUGAUACGUCGAAAAUGGAUACGGUCACCCUACCGGUGCAACUGACUUCUGUAAGCAGCUCAAUUCAAUGCCUGGUGCGAGAUCUGCAACAGGAGGAGCGCGAUGCUGACCGGUUUAUUGCCGGGCACGUGCCCCCGAAUGACGUUGAAGACUUCUUGCCAUAUGGCUCCGGCUUGUCCAAACCCCUGGGCUUGUGCACAUUGCCACAAGAAGACACACCACCGCAGUCUCUGCCCUUCCAACUCGGAACUGGCCACCAACAACAACAACAAUCGAAACCACCAAUCAAAGCCAACACAACAUGUGUCACAGCUCCUAGCUCUCCCAGCCAACAACAGGAUGCAGUCAUCCUGCAAACAGCAGUAGCCACAAUUGGCGGCGCCACAAUUACCCAGCCCGCGCGGCUCAUGUUUGACACUGGGUCGUCACGGUCUUUUAUUACACAGGAAGCACAACAGGCACUUCAACUUGCUGCCAAGGGUUCAGACACCAUCGCCAUGGCUGGCUUUGGCGACAGUACCCGCAAGGUUGUCUGUCUGCCACGUGUGCAACUCUCUGUCGGGUGUGAUGAUGGCUCCACCGUUACGGUCAUAGCCAACGUAGUUGACAACAUCACAUGUCCCAUCCAACGCUUUCCACUCGAUUACACCAAAUAUCCGGUUCUGCAGUCUGUAAAUCUUGCUGAACCCACGCCCCUUGCAACAGAGAGCGUGGUUGUCGACGUACUAAUUGGAGGUGAUCAUUACCAUCACCUCAUUGGCCCUCAGGUCAUAUCCGUUACCGCUGACCUAGUGCUGGUCGAGUCCAAGUUAGGGUUUAUUCCGUCUGGCAAAGUGCCUGGUGAUACGCCCCCAGACACCAUCAUGCAUCUGUCGGCGGAUUCCAUAGCGGAUGACACCUUACCUGCACUCGAAGAUCUGUGGAGCCUUGAGAGUCUGGGCAUUAAUGACAACCCUGAAACAACAGACAACGACAUGGUGAGAGAACACUUCAACGCCACAAUACGCAAAGAAAACGGUCGCUACACAGUCAACUGGCCGUGGAAGGAAAAAGCUCCGCAAGUGAACUAUGAGCUGGCCAGAGGUCGACUCGUCUCCCUAAUCAAGCGGCUUUUUACACAGCCAGACAUCCUACGGCACUACGACCAGACAAUCAGAGACCAACAUGCAAGUGGUAUCAUCGAGGAAGUCCCGAAUGCCGUGCCCACUGGGCCGGUCCACUAUUUGCCACACCAGUGCGUCCAGCGUCAGGCCAGCACAACAACCAAACUCCGCAUCGUAUACGAUGCGUCAGCAAAAACCAACAAGGAUGGAAACAGCCUCAAUGACUGCCUUCACAGCGGCCCCAGCUUGCUUCCCGACCUCGGUGGCAUACUGGUCCGUUUUCGCCUGUUCCCUGUUGGGAUCACCAGCGAUAUUGAGAAGGCAUUCCUCCAAGUGGGCCUCGACGAACCAGACCGGGACUACACCCGUUUUCUGUGGCUCAAGGACAUUUCUCAACCAGUCUCACCAGCAAACCUGGUGACAUAUCGUUUCUGUCGAAUUCCGUUUGGUGUUAUUUCCAGCCCGUUCUUGCUGUCUGCCACCAUUCAUCACCAUCUCGGCAACAGCAACAGCACGCUCGGUUCUGAAAUCCGCGACUCCACCUAUGUGGACAAUGUGAUAACUGGGCGCAACACGGCUGACGAAGCCAGUACUCUCUAUGAUUCUGCAAAGAGCCUAUUCAACGCCGCCGCUAUGAAUCUCCAGGAAUGGUCAUCUAAAAGUGAUGAAUUUAACCACACCCUGCCAGACUUCGACAAGGCCACAUCCAACAAUGUGAAAUGCCUCGGCCUGGCUUGGGAUACGAAAGAGGACACUCUCAAUGUCAUUUCUCCUAAUGUGGCUCACAAACACGCCAACACCAAGCGCAGCAUCAUCUCCGCUGCUGCUCGCUUUUACGAUCCCGUUGGCUACCUGUCACCUUUGUUUGUUCGAGCCAAACUUCUGAUCCAGGACAUCUGGAAAGCAAAGCUCGACUGGGAUGAUCCGGUUCCCAACAGCAUUGCAGAUGAUUGGCAGGCUAUUGCCCAAGACCUGGACAAAGCCGACACGUUCAAGCUACACCGCUUCACUGGUCUUGACCCAGCAUCUGUCACUCGCCGCGAACUUCAUGUGUUCUGCGACGCAUCCGAAAAAUCGUACGGUACGGUUGCCUAUCUCCGUGAGGAAAGCGCCACAGCUGUGGCCACAGUCCUGCUCGUCAGCAAGACGAAGGUAGCUCCACUCAAACAAAUGACAAUUCCUCGUUUGGAGUUAAUGGCAGCGCCCAUCGGUGCUCGGCUGAUCAAAUUCCUGCAGAACACACUGCCAUUUGAUCUCCACCGCACUGUUCUGUGGUCCGAUUCAACUUGUGUUCUACACUGGAUCAAUGGCACGAACCAGCAAUCUGUGUUUGUCCAGCGGCGACUAAUGGAAAUCCGGUCGAAUCCGACAAUUGCAUUCAAGUACGUCAAUACGGAUUGCAAUCCUGCUGACCUACCCUCACGUGGUGCAACAGCUGCUGCAUUGCACGACAGCAAACUCUGGUGGGAAGGUCCUGAAUGGCUACGCGGUGAUACCAGCUCACUCGGUGAACUACCAUCCCCUUCACUUGCCACAGCUGCAGCAAUAGUCUCAGAACCACCCACUGAGGUAUCUGUCGCAAUCAACUCUUGCUCUGGGGAGAGUCCCUUCAUCUCUAUCGAAAGGUAUUCCUCUUGGUCGAAAGCGGUACGCGUAAUGGCUUACGUGAAACUGGCAAUACAGAAGCUGCAAGGCAAAUGCAAACAACAAACACAACUAACCACAACCAAUAUCAAGGAAGCUGAAAUGGAAUGUUUGGGCACUCCUGGUAUGGAGGGAGACUUUGGUAAUGACCCAACGUUUGAGCCUGACACGUCUUUGGCUAACACAUUGCUAACUGCCUGGACGGAUGGUCAACGCCUACUACAGACCUUUUGGUCAGAAUGGCAGUAUUCGUAUCUACCCACGCUACGUGAACGUGGUCAGACUGCACUUCCGCAUGGAAGACUGCAAGCACAUGAUCCACCUGCUGUGGGUACUGUUGUCCUAGUCAAGGAAGAAAAUAUGCCACGCGGCUCUUGGUUAAUUGGACGAAUUGACAAACUGCACAACAGUAAUGAUGGUGAAAUCAGAUCUGCAACAGUUGUUCUGCCAUCCAAGCGGCAGAUCCAACGUCCACUAUGUCUGUUGUACCCAAUUGUGCAAGCGGAGAAUCACGAUGCAGCGCACGAUGACCCGCCGCUCGCACAACCUGCACAACCUGUACAGCCUGCACAACCUACACAGCAACAACCAGCUCGACCAACACGCCGUGCAGCCGCUGGUUCCCGUGCUAACCUGAAGAACCUAAUAAGUCUAGGUGCAGUAUAA